UGUUGGUAAACGUGGCAUACUUCCAACAGUUAGCCACCGCGUAUAUUUGAAUUUAAUAUUAUGCUAGCCAAGAUGGCUACCUGCAUGUUUCGAAACCGAGCUUAAACCGACCCAAAUAUGGCAGAGGCUGACCGACCAGGGAAGCUCUUCAUCGGUGGCCUGGACACUGAAACCAACGAGAAGGCCCUUGAGAAGUAUUUCAGCAAAUAUGGCAGAAUAGUAGAAGUUCUGUUGAUGAAAGACCGUGAAACGAACAAAUCAAGAGGUUUUGCUUUUGUGACCUUUGAGAGUCCGGCAGAUGCAAAGGAUGCUGCGCGUGAAAUGAAUGGGAAGUCACUUGAUGGUAAGCCAAUUAAGGUUGAACAAGCAACAAAACCUCAGUUUGAGUCAGCAGGAAGACGCGGCCCACCCCCCAUGCGUGGCCGCGGUCCCCCUAGAGGUCCUAGAGGAUCUAGAGGAGCACCAAUGAGGGGUCCACCAUCCAGAGACUACUAUGAUAACGUAGGGAUUGUAGAACCCUUUUUCAAAGGGAUUUCGUCCAGAGGCCCCCCACCACUGAAAAGGGGACCUCCGAUUCGUAAUGGAGGCCCCCCACCCAAGAGACAUGCUCCUUCUCCGAUGGGCAGACCUUCCAUGUCUAGGGACAGGGACCCCUAUGGCCCACCCCCUCCCCGCAGAGACUCAAUGUCCAGAAGGGAUGAUUACCCAUCACCAAGAGAUGAGUAUUACAGCACAAAGGACAGCUAUUCUAGCCGGGAAUAUGUGAGUUCCAGGGAUACAAGGGACUACGCACCAACACCACGGGACUAUCCGCCAAGGGAUUAUCCCCAAUCCAGUUCCCGCGAUGAAUAUGGGUCAAUGUCAAGGGGCUACAGUGAUGGUUAUGGUGGAGGCCGGGAACCCAAAAGCUAUAUGGAGCGCCCUAGUGCAGCCUCUUAUCGAGAGCCCUACGAUGGUUACGGUAACUCACGCAGCGCCCCACCCUCAAGGGGCCCCCAACCAUCCUACAAUGGCAGUGGCGGAAGCAGUCGCUAUGACGACUAUGGAAGCAGUUCCCGGGAUGGCUAUGGCAGUCGUGAAAGUUACCCCAGCAGUCGGAGUGAACCAUACCCUCCUAGCCGUGGUGAGCGAAUGGGCAAGCAGGAGCGGGGGCCAGCACCUCCAAUCGAGAGAGGCUACCCCCGUGAAGCGUACAGUGGCUCAAGUCGCGGGGCGCCCCGUGGUGGCCGCGGCGGCAGCAGAGUCGAUAGAGGAAUUGCCCGCAGCAGAUACUGAGAUAAAUAUGACAUCAGAGCGAUCGUUACACAACGCCUGCUCAUUCACUACUUGUAUAGUGAGGGGGGAAAAAACUAGGAUGUCAAAUUCCGUGGACAAGCUUAGGUUUUUAGCUGUUUAUCCUCAGCCUGUCAAUUUCUUUUUGUUUUAAGUGUUAAAAUUACUUGUUUUAUAUUUCCCCGGCCCAUGUGAUACCAUUGCCAAGUGAUGAGUGUUUAGUUUUUGUACAUUUAGUGCUGUUAUGUCCUGCUAUAGUCUUGGAUAUGGCUUUCAUACACUAAUAAAGUUUUUAACCAAA